AAAAAUGAACUCAGAAUUGGUGACAUACGACUGAAUUCUUUUUGAAUUUUCUGUGUUAUCUGAGAAGAUUGCAUUUCACGUUAAUUUCAAAGUUAUUUAUUCAUUGUCAAAUUCAAAAAUAAAGUAGAGUAUUUUAGAGGUGUGCGCUUAAUCGAUUAAAAUCGGGAUGUCUUAAAGAUCAUCAUUAAGAUGUCUUUCAAACGAUUUACGUAUAAAUGUCUUUAAGGUGUCUUAAAGAUUGUCUUUAAGACGUCUUAUGUCCAGAUUUUAGAUGUCUAGGUAGUAUCUUUUGAACCCAUACAGCACAAAUCUUCAAAGGACAUUCUAAAGACAUUCUAAGGACAUUCAUACAUCCUGAGGACGUCCCAGAACAUUCUCUGAAGAUUUUGUGCUAUCUGGGAAUGUAUCUUUUCAUUUCGACGUACACUGCAAGAAUUUUGGACAUGCACUUCUUCGCUACGACAUCAUCAAUGGCCGCGGUCAGGAACCUUAAAAAGAUUGGAUCGCACACGGGCGAUAUUGGAUCCUCUUCCGCUGAUCGAUCGAUCGAUCGAGAUGAAUUUUUAGGCGCGCGCGAUCUGCACUUUGCCAGUCGCUUUUCGCGAGACCGGGCGACCCAGGAAGGGAGCAAAUCGAUAAAACCGUUUCAGCGUUGAUAAGAAAGUGGCGUCGCACAAAUGAACAAUAAAUCAUCGUGGAGAUAAGCGUCUCGGAGCGGCCCCGCUGCGAGCGGCGUAUCGCGAGCGAAAACGCGUUUCAUCGCGGACCGGUGUUAUUGGUUGUUGCGAUCGCGCUUAGGCGAGAUAAUAAGCGAGCAAACCUGCGAGCCGUGCGUCAGUUUCGUCCUGUUUACGGGCAGGAUCGCGAGGACCUAUGUCCGCGAGUCUACGAGCAACUUCGCGAGCUCUCGACCUCAUCCGAGGGACUUUUUCGUCUACACUCGCGCGAAGGCGAUAUAUUUUCUCGCUCUGAUUGACUGUAUGUGAAUUUUCUUCGAUAAAACACAGUGUUAAGCUUUCAAUAUUGUCAGUGAAUAACGGAAGGCAGCCAUAAAUGAACGUCAACCUCAACUUCAUCAACUUCAACUUCAAUAAGUGGCUCCAGGCUUCACUGAGAAUUACGCUCCAACGCCAUUACACGGAUUGAAGGUCAAAUAGAGAACUACAGAGGAAACGCGCGCGUGACACAUAGAUUGUGUUUGCAUACCACCCACUCACGUAUAGCACGACGAGGCCCGGUGGCCCGCUAUAAACGGUAACGUGGCAUAUGUUCCUGCGCAAGUGACAGCGAGAGUGGACGCGACGACGAGGUAAGAGUGAUGGGAAUCGACGGUAUGAGGGUCGGUGGUGGCAGAUGCCCGCCUCUCUUAGUCGUAGCGCUGCUCCUGGUGUGUCUCAUGCUCUUCUGCAACUGGUGGGCACUGUCGUCUGAGAAUGUGGAGCUAGUCAGGCAAAUCGACGAGCUGAACGAGCAGCUCAAGAUCAGCGCUGAAGAGAGAGAUCAGUGUGUAACAUUACGUGGCAAUCUGGAGCAGAGAUACAAACACAUAGAGGAUGAGUUGGCCUCUGUGCACGUUCGAAUGGAGCAACAGAUAGAUUUUAAGAAGAAAAAUGAUGAGCUAGAAGAUUCUGUUACCGUGUGCAAAAGUGAACUAGAUUCUUUGAACAAAUUGGACGCCACUAAAACUGCAACACUGGAGACACUCCGACUAGAAAAGGAUACAAUCACCACCCAAUUAGACGUGAAACGUAAUGAAAACAAAAAGCUUCAAGAGGAAGUGGAAAAGCUAAAAGGAGAGGUGGACCAACUAAAGCUCAGUUGCAAUGCCCCACUUGAUAAGAAAGACCUUCCAGUUCUUCAUCCAACAGCGACAGUGGUCAUUAACAAGUCUCAGUUACACCCGGUACCGGAGUCCGCCGUAAGAGUAUCCGUGGCUGGUCAGCGAGGCUUGAAGUACCACGGGAUUCCAAUCCUACUGACAGACCCACCCGGUGCUGUGCGCCAAACUCCUCGUUUCUCAGUAACUAUGUUGAAAGUUCAAGCGGGUGCGAAACAGAUCAAUGACACAGCGGAGCAGGAUUUGCCAGUUCCCGAUGACAUAGAGGAUCCUGAGAACCGUGCACAUGAUAACAAUGCUGAUGAAGUUCAAAGCACAGACGAGGCUAUGCCACUUCCAGAUAAUUACGAGGAGGAAGCGAAAGCGCAGGAUGCCACAGGGAAACCUGAGGAUAAAAAUACAUAAUACGGUGCAAUAUGUAAUCUCUAGAGGUGAAUAAUGUGUGCAAUUUUGCAAUAACCAGCAAGCCAAUUAGACUAAAGAAAGUACAAUGACUAUACGUACACGAGUAAAACGAAAGUCCAUAUGACAUGUGCAAGAUAGUUUAUACUGCUCAUUUUAUUGUGUCAUACUUAAUUGUUUAUGAUAGAAAUAUUUUUAUAUACUCUAUAUUUCUUUAAAAAAGAAAUAUGCACUAUUGAUUGAGCUCCUUUUUAUAUCAAUAACGUCACGAAAUUACAAAGUGAUGUAUACAUGCAGGUGCCAAAUUAUGUGUUUGUUAUUUCUGUGUUACGCACAUAAUUAUGGCUGUGUGUAAUUUCCAUAUCUUGCAUUUUAUUAUAUAUAUAUGUAUAAAAUAAGUGGACCGAUUAUACUGUGAUUCUUCUAUGAUCUGAUAAAUGGAUAGCAAAAAGUUUUCGCACUCACAAUUCUUAAGAAUGGGACCUUUGCCAUGAUUUAAUAGUAAGCCAUGCAUACAUAUAUAUAUACACAUAUACACAUAAUUUUGUGCCACUUAGAGAAGUAAAGAACAUUACGCAAUAAAUUGUGAAUAUGUUUCACAUAUAAUAAUCUAAAAUCAGGCAAAGACUCUUAAUUCAAUAAAUCUCCCUCUAACUUUUA